GAACUUAUAAGGGCCCCAUCAUUUUCAGUAGCUUAGGGCCCCACCAAGCUUAAAUCCGGCCCUGAACCUCGACCAUCUUUAUAACUGUAAAUAGGCUCCCCACCUCUGUUCUAGACAAUCCUAAUGUCCCACUAGAACCUAGUGGGGAUAGAAACCACGUUGGGAACCUUUGUAAACGUGAUAUCAUAGCUAGGAUUAAAAGCAGGGACAUAAGAUCAUGACAUAAACAUAAAACCACCGGCCGUCCUUUGAGUGUGUCGAAUUAAAAAUACAUUUAAUCAUUAGAGGGCCACUAAUAUCGUACGUCCCGUCCGUGCAGCAGAUUCAUUUUCAUGUUGCAAUUUAUUAUCGCUUGCAUUUACUUAUUAUCGUUUGCAUUUAUAAUAUUUUUAUAUUUUUUAGAAAGUAAAAGCUAAUAUUAUUGAAAUAUGUGAAUUAAGAUCAUUUAUUGGCAACUGUUGUUCGUAGAAUUUAAUAAAAAUUAUCAUUUUGCCGCCUAAACGUUAUCUUCGUGCACUUCUCAUAAUAAGUAGUUUAGAAUGGAGAAUGUGCAGAAUGUCUUGAGGAGGUCUCCAAGAAUAAAAGAACUGGAGAGUAAUAAGAAGUUCCAGAAUUAUUUGAAAUACGCAUUUGCUUCAAAUUUCACAGAACAAAAAAGUGAAGCAAAGAAUAAACGACGCCGAGUCUACAGAAAAACAAAAGUCAACAAGCAAAUUAAGAAGAGAAAUAGGAAGGAUUCCAUAAAAUCACGGGUAUACCAAAUUCGAGUUGAAGAAACUGACGAUAUAAUAGAAAAAGUGCUGGGAGUUCAAAUCUUAUUAGAUGAUUUAUACGUCAGUGUGCUUAGAAAGAAUAGAAAUUUUCCCGAAAUGAUUCGAGAUAAUGGAGAAGAUCCCCACCUGAGAAACCUCAUGUUGGAGUUUUACCGAAAUGGAUUGAACCAAUCGUUAACACCUAUUGGAAUUAAAAGGGAGAAUUCCGCAAGCAGUUACAGAACAGCUCAAGAAAAUGUUUCUAUAAACUUAACCAAUAUCAACAUAAAAGCUGAAGAUGUUGGCAAAUAAAAUUAAUUUUUUAUUUUAGUUUAUUUUAAUCUAAAAAUGUUUUUUUCUUACUUUUAAAUUUUGCUACUACUUUUACUACUUAUUUCUUAAAUUUAUUUGAUGAACUUCUCAGAAAUGGAAGCGAUUUUCUAUAUUCUAGUAUUAUAUAUUUUAAGAGAAGAAUGUAUUAUGUAGUACACAAAAUAUAUACUUAUAGAGGAAUAUGUACAGGGUAAAAUCUAUAAGAUUAUACAAAUAUUUAAUUUAUUGUUUUUAAUAUUAAUUCAUUUAUUUUGCCUGUCAUUUGGUCUACUUAAAAAGAUGAGAAGCAUAAGAUCUUUUAGUUCUUACAGUACUGUUAGCUUUUGUACAUUCUUUGAUUAAUGUAAAGAGUUGGACAUCUGAGACGUUGGUGUGGUUGUGGUUUUCUAAAGCAUACAGCAAAAACAAUUGUUCCGAUUUGUUUGAAAGUCAUUAGGUACGAAUUUUCUUUCGUUUAUCUUUUUAGUUUAAAUAAUGGCCAUACAUUCUUUAUUAUAACAGAAGUCGGAAAUUUUAUGACUGAACUGACUUAUAUAGAGAUAAAUAUAGAAAAUUGCUUUGGAUUGUUUUUACUAUACAUAUCAGAUUUGCAAACCAAAAAUAAUGGAGGAUGUUUGUUUUCGAAACUAAAGUUGAGAGAGUAAGUGUUCAAAAACGAAUUGAAUGUUUGGUUUUUAGGAAGACAAAUCAAGGCCAUCUUCAAGGAAGACAAAUGGUAAAAACCAUGCUUCAGCAAUAAAUGGGAGGAAAAAAAGUUUCUAAUUAGCACUUUAAUAGACCUGGCAAUCAUGAUUCAAUUGAAUCACUUUUAAAAAAAAGUUUUUGAUUACAAAAUCAGUACAGAAUAUAUUAUUGAGAAUAAUGUGAAAAACUAUUCACCCUAACUGUUCAACUAUUUUUCCGCUUUAAACUACAGCAGACAUUUUUUAAACAAUAAUGAAACAAUUUAAAUAAUCAUAAAGCUGCACUGCUAAUAAAAACUAUCCUCUGUACUUGAUUUGAGUUUAAGUGUUAAGCUGCCGUUGAAAAAAAUAAAAUUGGGAAUAUACAGACAAAGAAUGGAAUUACGAUUUUCUAUUUUUUGUAACGGAGAUGCCGAUUAGUUUCGCAAAAGUUGCUACCAAACAUGAGUUUGUUUCAGUAUUUGUCUUCUAAGUUGGCUUUUAAUUUACAAGACGUAUUUCGUUGCCAAUAGUUAUUUUCUAAGAUACAUUCAAAAUUAGAAACAUUUAGGAGACAAACGUUAAUAGGUAGCAUUAAAAUAAAGGAUGUAAAAGGAGUAAAUUUUGGCCACCUAGUUUCUUAUAAAAUGAUAAGGAAGUAAAAGUUAGCUUUAACAAUAUAUACUUUAAGGGUUUCUGCUUUAUUUAUUUAUUUAUUUUAAUUGAAUGGAUUUGCAAGUGGCAGUUAU